CGCAGCCUGGACUGAAGGACCCCCCGCUUCGUCCCCGUCUCCGCCCCUCGCCAGGGCUCGGCGGAGAGGGCCCAGCCCCAGCCCCGGCUCGGCUCCUCGGCGGCGGGCUCGGCGAGGAUGUCGGGCGGCGGCGGCAGCCGGGAGGAGGAGCGGCGCAAACUCGCCGACAUUAUCAACCACUGGAACGCGAACCGGCUGGACCUGUUCGAGAUCAGCGACCCCACCGAGGAUCUGGAGUUUCAUGGAGUAAUGAGAUUCUACUUUCAAGACAAAGCAGCUGGAAAUUUUGCCACAAAAUGCAUCCGUGUCUCUAGUACUGCCACAACUCAAGAUGUGAUAGAAACUCUUGCAGAAAAGUUUCGACCAGACAUGCGAAUGUUGUCAUCCCCCAAAUACUCACUUUAUGAGGUGCACGUCAGCGGAGAAGAAAGAAGAUUAGAUAUAGAUGAGAAACCUCUUGUCGUACAAUUAAAUUGGAACAAAGAUGAUCGAGAGGGAAGAUUUGUUCUAAAGAAUGAAAAUGAUACAAUUCCUCCAAAGAAGGCUCAGAGUAAUGGCCCUGAAAAACAAGAAAAAGAAGGAGUAAUUCAGAAUUUCAAACGAACUCUUUCAAAAAAAGAAAAAAAAGAAAAAAAGCGCCGUGAAAAAGAGGCAUUGCGGCAAGCAUCAGAUAAAGAUGACAAACUUCUUCCAGGGGAUGAUGUUGAGAAUUCUCGCCUUGCAGCUGAGGUUUACAAAGAUAUGCCUGAGACCAGCUUCACUCGCACAAUAUCCAAUCCUGAGGUGGUUAUGAAACGGCGGCGACAGCAAAAACUAGAGAAGAGAAUGCAGGAAUUCCGCAGUUCUGAUGGCAGACCAGACUCAGGUGGGACACUGAGAAUUUAUGCAGACAGUUUAAAACCAAAUAUACCAUAUAAGACAAUCCUGCUGUCCACUACGGAUACAGCAGACUUUGCAGUUAUUGAAGCACUGGAAAAAUACGGCCUGGAGAAGGAAAAUCCCAAGGAUUACUGUAUUGCUCGCGUCAUGCUGCCUCCUGGUGCUCAGCACUCUGAUGAUAAAGGUGCUAAAGAAACUAUUCUUGAUGAUGAUGAGUGUCCACUACAGAUAUUCAGGGAGUGGCCUAGUGAUAAAGGAAUACUAGUAUUUCAAUUGAAAAGGCGGCCUCCUGAUUACAUCCCAAAGAAAUUCAAGAAAAUAACUGAUGGAAAGCCAUUAAAGGGGAAGGAAAGAGUUGACGGGUCUGGAUAUGGCUCUUGCCUUCCUCCUGAGAAACUACCAUACCUAGUAGAAUUAAGCCCAGGGAGAAGGAAUCACUUUGCCUACUACAACUAUCAUGCAUAUGAAGAUGGUUCAGACUCCAGAGAUAAGCCAAAGCUCUAUCGUCUACAAUUAAGUGUCACUGAAGUUGGAACUGAAAAAUUUGAUGACAAUUCCAUUCAGUUAUUUGGUCCAGGAAUUCAGCCUCAUCAUUGUGACCUCACUAAUAUGGAUGGAGUUGUUACUGUAACCCCAAGAAGCAUUGAUGCUGAAACUUACGUGGAAGGUCAGCGUAUUUCAGAAACCACAAUGCUGCAAAGUGGAAUGAAGGUUCAGUUUGGAUCAUCUCAUGUGUUUAAGUUUGUGGAUCCCACUCAGGACCAUAUUAUUCCUAAAAGACCUAUUGAUGCAAGUCUUAUGGGAAAAGGUCCAAGACACAAAACUGGAGCUGUUCAGGAAACCACAUUUGAUUUGGAGGGAGACGUUCACAGUGGAGCAGCAUUACCAGCAAGCAAGAGCACCAGCAGGCUUGAUGGUGACAGGACAUCAUCAGCAUCCAGUACAGCAGAACGAGGAAUGGUGAAGCCAAUGAUCAGAAUAGAGCAGCAGCAAGAUUACCGCAGACAGGAAAGCAGACCUCAGGAUACCCAUGGACCAGAACUGAUGCUACCUGCCAGUAUUGAAUUCAGGGAAAGCUCUGAAGAUGCCUUCUUAUCUGCCAUUAUAAAUUACACAAAUAGCUCGACAGUUCAUUUCAAGCUGUCACCUACGUAUGUUUUGUAUAUGACAUGUCGGUAUGUAUUGUCAAGCCAGUACAGACCUGACAUCACUCCUACUGAGCGUACUCACAAAGUUAUUGCUAUAGUCAACAAGAUGGUGAAUAUGAUGGAAGGAGUUAUACAGGAGGUAGACCAGGUUGAUCAGAAACAGAAGAAUAUUGCUGGGGCACUUGCCUUUUGGAUGGCAAAUGCAUCUGAAUUACUGAAUUUCAUAAAGCAAGACAGAGAUCUUAGCCGAAUUACUGUGGAUGCACAAGAUGUUUUGGCACACUUGGUUCAAAUGGCAUUCAAGUACCUGGUUCAUUGUCUGCAAUCGGAGCUUAAUAACUACAUGCCUGCAUUCCUUGAUGAUCCAGAGGAAAACAAUCCUCAGAGGCCUAAAAUAGAUGAUGUGCUGCAUACACUGACUGGAGCUAUGUCCUUGUUGCGACGGUGUAGAGUCAAUGCUGCUCUGACUAUACAGCUCUUCUCCCAGCUGUUUCAUUUUAUCAACAUGUGGCUUUUUAACAGAUUAGUGACAGCCCCUGAUUCGGGGUUAUGUUCGCAUUAUUGGGGCGCUAUUGUUCGUCAACAGUUGGGCCAUAUUGAAGCCUGGGCAGAAAAACAGGGUUUGGAAUUGGCUGCUGAUUGUCACCUCAGCAGAAUAGUUCAGGCAACUACAUUGCUUACCAUGGAUAAAUAUUCACAUGCAGACGUUCCAAAUAUUAACAGUACCUGCUUUAAGCUGAAUUCUCUGCAGCUACAAGCUUUGUUGCAGAAUUAUCACUGUGCUCCAGAUGAACCACUCAUCCCAACAGAAUUGAUAGAGAAUGUAGUAACUGUUGCAGAAAACACGGCUGAUGAACUUGCACGCAGUGAUGGCCGAGAAGUCCAGCUGGAAGAGGAUCCUGACUUACAGCUACCUUUUCUUUUACCAGAAGAUGGCUAUUCCUGCGAUGUUGUCAGAAAUGUUCCCAGUGGUUUACAAGAAUUUUUAGAUCCACUCUGUCAGAGAGGUUUUUGUAGACUAACACCUCAUCCACGGUCACCAGGCACAUGGACAAUAUACUUUGAAGGUGCAGACUAUGAAAGUCACUUGUCACAUGAAAAUGCUGAGCUAGCUCAGCCUCUGAGGAAAGAACCUGAAAUUAUCACUGUAACACUAAAAAAACAAAAUGGAAUGGGCCUGAGCAUUGUUGCUGCCAAGGGUGCUGGGCAAGACAAACUUGGAAUAUAUGUCAAGUCUGUUGUGAAAGGAGGUGCUGCAGAUGUGGACGGUCGUCUAGCUGCAGGGGAUCAGUUGCUCAGUGUGGAUGGCAGAAGUUUGGUGGGCCUAUCCCAGGAGAGGGCAGCAGAACUUAUGACUAGGACAGGCUCUGUAGUAACACUGGAAGUAGCAAAACAAGGAGCAAUUUACCAUGGUCUGGCAACUCUACUUAACCAGCCAUCCCCGAUGAUGCAAAGAGUUUCUGACCGCCGUGGCUCAGGUAAACCCCGACCAAAGAGUGAAGGCUUUGAGCUGUAUAAUAACUCCACUCAAAAUGGGUCACCUGAGAGUCCUCAGCUGCCUUGGACAGAGUACAGUGAACCAAAGAAGCUGCCAGGGGAUGACAGAUUAAUGAAGAACAGAGCCGAUCAUCGCUCCAGUCCCAAUGUAGCAAAUCAGCCUCCAAGCCCUGGGGGAAAGAAUGCUUAUGCAUCUGGAACUACCACCAAAAUAACCUCAGUCUCUACUGGAAAUCUUUGUACAGAGGAACAAACUCUGCCCCCACGACCUGAAGCUUACCCCAUCCCAACACAGACCUAUACUAGAGAAUAUUUCACAUUCCCAGCUUCAAAGUCCCAGGAUCGAAUGGGUCCAACUCAGAGUCAGUGGCCAAAUUACGAAGAAAAACCACAGGUCCAGGCAGAAAGUAAUCAUUCGAUCAAUAGUACAAUGCAGCGCGUGGCUCGUUCCCAGGAAGAGCUCCGAGAUAAAGUUUUCCAGCCAGAGAGGAGUCGUUUGGAAGUUGUUAUACGGAAGGAUGUAGAGUACAUUGAUCGGAAGUCAGACAGCGACCAGUGGAUGAAUUCAUCUGUGGAUUCUAGCACAUCCAGCCAAGAACACCUGAACCAUUCAUCCAAACCAGUCUCACCUGGUUCUUGUUUAAGUAAAAGUGGACCAGGCCGUUGGAAAACUCCAGCUACUAGCCAGCCAACUCCAGUAGCCAUUUCUCAGCCCAUCAGAACAGAUCUUCCCCCUCCACCACCACCUCCUCCAGUGCAUUAUGCAGCUGAAUUCGAUGAACCACAAAUGGAUUUGCCUCUGCCUCCCCCUCCUCCUCCAAGUCAGGCAGGAGCACAAACAUCUUCCCAGGUGGCUGCUGCUGAGCGUAAAAAAAGAGAAGAGCAUCAGCGAUGGUAUGAAAAGGAGAAGGCACGUUUGGAAGAAGAAAGAGAAAGGAAACGUCGUGAGCAGGAGAGAAAACUGGGCCAAAUGCGUUCUCAGCCGUUGAUUCCUGCUCAGCCUGUGCUUCCCCCUGCUUCUCUUCAGCCAGUGAAAUCAGAAAAGCCUUCAACUUUGCAGAGGUCUCAAGAAACAGUCAUUCGAGAGUUGCAGCCCCAACAGCAGCCUCGGACUAUUGAGAGGAGAGAUCUACAGUACAUUACUAUCAGCAAGGAAGAACUAUCCUCUAGUGACAGCUUGUCUCCAGACCCCUGGAAACGGGAUGCUAAGGAGAAACUGGAGAAGCAGCAGCAGAUGCACAUUGUGGACAUGCUGAGUAAAGAGAUUCAGGAACUCCAGAACAAGCUUGAUCGUACAGCAGAAGAAAAUGACCGCCUCCGUAAACUCAUGCUUGAGUGGCAGUUCCAAAAGCGACUUCAAGAAUCAAAGCAAAAGGAUGAAGAUGAUGAUGAAGAGGAGGAUGAUGAUGUGGAUACUAUGCUUAUCAUGCAGCGACUGGAAGCCGAAAGAAGAGCAAGGCAGACUGCUGUGCCAGCAAUCUCUGUUCUAGAUUUGUUACAGGAUGAAGAACGCAGACGACAGCAACAACUGGAAGAAAUGCGCAAACGAGAAGCAGAAGACAGGGCCAGGCAGGAAGAAGAGCGCCGACAGCAAGAGGAGGAGCGGACCAGAAGAGAGGCUGAAGAAAAGAGGCGACAGGAAGAGGAGUAUUACACUCGCUUAGAGGCUGAAAGGCGCAGGCAGCAUGAUGAAGCAGAACGAAGAUUACUGGAACCUGACGAGCCUGGUCUGUACAGACCUCCGCUUCCACGGGAAUAUGAACUCCCAUCCCCAACCCCUUCAUCUAACGCUCCUCCUCCCCCACCUCAGCGAAACACCUCUUACCUCAAAACGCAGGUCCUCUCCCCUGACACGAUUUAUACUGCCAAGUUUGUUGCAUACAAUGAUGAUGAUGAUGAGGAGGAGGAGGAUUCCAAUCUAGCAGGUCAGGAUAAGUACUCCAGCACAAGGAAAUCUUAUGGUGACUUUCCUCCUGCCACCCUUAAGCCACAGCAGCCUUCCCGCCAGCCUCGCCCAGUUUCAGAUGGCCUCUUUCUUUCCAACUCAUUCCAGUCAUCUCAAGUCAAUGCCAACAGUACUGCUGCCAAAAAAAGCCAGCCCCCGCCCCCACCAAACAAACCGAGUUUCAUCCAUGCCAGCAGCUCUAAAGGUAGACACCAUGAAACCAAUCAUCUCUACCGAACUAUCCUCGUGUUUUCAACUCUGGUGCUUUAAAAUGAAUCACUUACUUUGUGAUUUACUUUAUUCCCACUUAAUCACUAUUUUUGCUAUAAUGAUCUAUCUUAAUUCCUGAUAUUAAUAUGAAUCCUCCCAUUUUUGAUUAUUUUGAUCUCUCAAAUUUCCUUGUUCCUUACCCAAACUCUUCAAAAGAAAAAUUCCUUCUUUCAAACAAUCUGAAAUUAUUUUAACUGCUACUUAACCUAUUCAAAGUACUGUUGGUUUUGGCUUUCACUCUAUCUUUCAGUGAUUUGAUUUCUAUGACUGACCACUGGUUAGUCAGGGCAUCUGGAAGUGCACCUCUCUUGAACACAGGAAGCCUUUUCUGAUGGGUUCAAGGACAGCACUUAUCUUCUGCUUUUGUUAUUGGUACCAGGGUUCUCUCUUUUAAUAGUGUGCAAAUGGCUUUAAAAAUUACCUUUGUUAGAUGUAUUUCUUAAAUAUACAGGCCCCAAGGGACAUACAGGACAUGCAGUCACUUUCAUAGAUCAGGCAUCUUUCCUAUACUUCUGGUUUGUACAGUGCUGCUUUCAUCCAAAAAGAGACCAAAUUCUAAAUUUCAUCUUGGUGCUUUUUGUCUUACUCCUUUCCUUCCCCUUUUAAGCCCUUGUAUUUCUUUGUCUUCUCAUCUUGUUUCUUUUACAACUCCAAGUGGGCAACCAUAAUGGAGUUAAAGUAGAGCUCUAGCUGCUAGUAACUUCAGCAUUGUGUUUUAUCUGCAGAGGACUAGUUUAUCUACACUCAUCUGUUGAAAGCUAAUUCAGUCCAAAGUUCCAUAUUGAAUUUUUUUCAAAACUGCUAUCUGUGUAGACCUUAUGCUAAUAAAUUUGCAGUUUUUAUUAAUAAAACAUUUUUGUCUUACACUAGCAGUGUCUGCCAGGGCCCUCCCUACAUUUGUUUUAUUCUUCUAUAUUCUUCUGAAGGGAAAGAUGGCCACAAUAUUCCCCUAGUUCAUUCUGUUUACUUGUGCUGGAAGUGAGCAAAUGACAGCCAACUCAAGCUGAUUAAAUCAUCCCUCUGAAAUGCAACAGGUAGCAAUGGAAAGUGUUUAUGCUUCCUUCUAGUCAAAUGGAUAACUUGGUUACUGGAUUCAUGUAUCAAUGACAGACAUGGAAGCCUAUAAUUAUGGUAAUCCCUGAUCACCUUUUUGGCUACCUAAGAAACUAUGGAAAUCCUACAAUCUCUUUAAUCAGGCAUGUGAUGUGCCCUGGUCAUACAGAGUAUACAAGCCUUAGAACAGGUUUCACCUAUGAGAAGUAUUUCUAAUUUAGCUGCAGUAGUGUAUAAAGCUGAUACAGGAUAUGUAUGGGGCCAUACAGAUACAUAACACUCUGAGCUUCCUGUCUGCAUCCUUCUCUAUUAAGGCUCACAUCAUAGUUUUCCAGCAAGGCAUCCUUUCCUUUGCAUGGCAAAUUAGCUUCUGCUCUUGUUGGAUGCUUCCAGUGCCAAAGAGAAGCUCUGCACUGCAUUGUGUAAUUUUAGUACUGAUGAAAGGACAAUAGUACAGCUCAGUUAUAGUUGGAUGUGCAAGUGAUAGAGUUGAUGAUUAGCAAUGUCAUUGUUUUGGGUCAGUACAGCACCCAAGCUGUAUAAAAAGUAUCCACACUGACAACGUUUAAGGGCAAAAAGAAACCUCUUUAUUGACCCUGCUGUUGCCUGUGAGAUUUUGUGAUGUGGUAGUCCCUGUGGGUCUUGCAAGCCCAUCUGUUGCUCCUGUCUGGCACUGUGUUCCAAAUCUAAAAGGAAAGGUUUAGCUUUUCAGUGUGGUGUUGUCAUAGUGGAGUAUACACACUACACACUAGCUGCUGUGCGGUACCAUUAUAGUGCAAAUCACUCCAUUAUGCCUACCUAGCAUUCCUGUGAGCCCACUGAUAAACCCACAACCAGUGAACCCAAUUCAUGGGUUUAUAUCUAGCUUUUGAGCAUCUUGUACCACACAGAAUGAAUGAGUUGAAGACAGAAAGACAAGAAAUAUGUGGAAAAGAUGCUCUUAAAAACUAUGACUACAUUGUUAGUUUGCUCUUAGUAAUAUUCUGAAAGGGCAGGAUUCUGACAUGAAACUUUUGUAGUGUAUGUCUGCAUUGAAUUUUUGUUCUUCCAAAGGACAUUCUUUUUCUAGAAAUUCUUACUUGAAACUGACUGGAAUAUAGUAUAAAAUGUGCCCUCCAUCGCAACACAGCCUUCCAAAGGCCU